AUGUCGUUCAGCAGCUUCUACUCGGUGGUGAACGCCAUCAAGGACAAGUCGGCGGAGGCCAUGAACACGCUGAGCUCGGACCUGCAGGACUUCAAGGCCAUCGUGCAGGAGGACGUGGCCGAGCUGUCCAAGAGCGUGCGCGAGGGCCGCCUCAGCAUCGACCGCAGCGACGGCGACUCGGACCAGGAAGAGAAGGACGAAGACCAAGACAAGGACAAGGACAAGGACAAGGACCAGGAGCCCAAGGACCCCACGCAGACCGACACAGAGCAAGAAGAGGACGGUGAAGACCCGCUCACGUCGCUCAAGAACUCGCUCUUCUCCUUCGACGUGAGCAGCACGCUGGGCUCGCUCAACUCGGUGGGCAGCAGCGUGCAGGGCUCCUUGACCUCCGUGGGCAGCAGCGUGCAGGGCUCGCUCACCUCUGUGGGCAGCAAGCUCACGGCGCUGAACGUGGGCGGCGGCCUGGGCUCGCUGGAGGCCAUGGGCUCCAAGCUGCUCAACUCGGCGGACGAGUUCCUGGGCACGCUGGCGGGCGACGACGCCGCGUACGAGGAGGACGAGGAGCUGAGCGAGAGCGAGCUGAGCGCGCGGAGGUUCCGGCUGCUGGCGCUGCAGGAGGACUCGGAGACGUACGUGGACCCGCCGCUGGACGUCGAGACGUUCGAGAAGUGGAAGGCCACGACGCCCGCCGAGGAGCUGGCUGAGAUCCAGCAGGAGGUGCUGGAGAACUACCCGACGGUGGGGGCCAAGUUCACGGAGCUCGUGCCCUCGGUCGUGGAGGCGGACGUGUUCUGGGCCCACUACGUCUACAAGGCCUCGCUGUUGGCGGCGCAGGAGCAGCGCGGCGCCGACCUGCUCGAGCAUGCUUUGAACGACAGUGAGGAGGAGAUCGGCUGGGACGUGGACUCGCCGAAGGCCAAGGACGACGAGGGCAAGCCCAUCUUCCCGGACGACGAGUCCAAGGAGGAAGAGGAUGAGGAGAAGGCGCCAGCUUCCACUGCUGCCAAUGGCCCCGCGUCGUCCAGUGACGGCGAGAGCUGGAUUGAGCUGAACGAGCGGAAGGAGUCGACGUCUUCCGGUGGCUCGUCGAGCGUGAAGGAGCCGACCAGCGGUCUGGCUGACUUGAAACUAGAGGAGGGCGAUGAAGCGGCCGAAGAGGACUCGCUCGAUUGGGGCGACGACGACGACCUCGCAGUCCCUGAGACGACUGCUACUGCUACAACGUCGGAUGCUAAGGCUACGGAGGCGACUCCGGCAGCCCAUGAGGACGCCAGCAAGCGCGGAGAGGACUGGGGCGAGUGGGACUAAGUUAAGGCGCCGGGCGGUGGAACCCGCACAUACUUCAUGCGAUCCUUUUCAACCUGGUUUUCGGUACGCUGUCGCGGCAGCUUGUAUUUUGGUUAUCGAGCUUUAUUUUCUUGUGCGCU